AUGCAGCGCCUAAAGUCUCUGCUAACCGCAUCACUAUAUCCCAGGUCGAUCGAUUCGGGGCAAGUCUCCAGAUAUGGCCGACGAGCUUUCAGCACGGAGCUUGAAAAGGGAGGAGCUGGUGAAGUGGCGCCGUUGGACUUGAAAUCCCUCGCAGAGAACGCUGACCCGGAGACUUUGGCUGAAAUCAACCGGCUUCGUCAGGCAAUCAAUGAACUUCACGCCCAGUUCACUGUGCCAAGCAACGCUGAAAAUCUUGACUGGGCCCAGUGGGAGGGCAGACUCCUCUCAAAAGGUCUCGUUACUUCGAUGCGCAAAGCGUUCGAGUCCCUGCAACCGCCGGAACUCGAGAAGGAGCGCCAGGAGCUCUUGCGACAGAUUGACUCCAGUUUUGAGCCGCUGAUAAAGCAAGCACAAGAGCUAGCGAAAGAUGCAGAGGCUCGUUUAAAAGCUCUUGACGAUAUGCUUAAAGAGCUCGACGGACUCCAAAAGAAUCUACCACGCCUUACGGUUGAUGAGCUCAUGGCGAAACGGCCCGACUUGGCGAGCGAAGUUGAGUCCGAUUUGAAGCAGUCGAAAUGGUUCAGGCUGUAA